UGAAAAUUUUUAAACGGUUUACAGUUUACGAUUUUUAGUUUGUUGCGCUAUUUUCAGUAUUCUGUAGCGAUCGUUUAAUAUUGCUUUAAAAGUGCAAUUUUAGGUUUUAAUAUAUUUUGUGUUGUAGUAAAUAUUGUAAACUUAAACUGUAUACAGUGGUGAAUAUUGAUUUCAAGUAAAGGAGCAACGUGCUGUGUGAUCAAAGUAAUGGCAUCCAAAAUUGAUGAAAAAAAUAAUGACAUUCCAGAGCGUCUUUACGAUUCCAGCAGCCGUACCACAUAUACUCGUAAACGAUUUUUUGGCAAGGGCGGGUUUGCUAAAUGUUAUGAAAUAAUUGAUGUUGAAAGUAAUGAUGUUUAUGCAGGCAAAAUAGUUUCAAAAAAACUCAUGAUGAAGCAUAACCAAAAAGAAAAAAUGACGCAGGAAAUAACAAUACAUCGAAGCCUUAACCAUAAUAAUAUCGUGAAAUUUCACGGAUAUUUUGAAGAUAGCUAUAAUAUUUAUAUAGUUUUAGAAUUAUGCAAAAAAAGGUCAAUGAUGGAACUUCAUAAGCGUAGAAAAACUAUUACAGAAUAUGAGUGCCGGUACUAUAUAUAUCAAAUAAUACAAGGAGUGAAAUAUUUACAUGAAAACCGAAUCAUCCAUCGCGAUUUGAAACUUGGUAACUUGUUUCUAGAUGAUCUUCUACAUGUUAAAAUUGGCGAUUUUGGUUUAGCAACACGAAUUGAAUAUGAAGGUGAGCGUAAAAAAACGCUGUGCGGCACACCAAAUUAUAUUGCACCUGAAAUACUGACAAAAAAAGGCCAUUCUUUUGAAGUUGAUAUUUGGUCUAUUGGAUGUGUUAUGUAUACAUUGCUUGUUGGUCAGCCACCCUUUGAAACAAAAACGUUAAAAGAUACUUAUUCCAAAAUAAAAAAAUGUGAAUAUAGAGUUCCAAGUUAUUUGCGGAAAUCUGCAGCUGAUAUGGUGAUUGCAAUGCUUCAAUCCAACCCCGAUAAUCGUCCUUGUAUUACUGAUUUAUUACGUUUCGAAUUUCUGAGCAGUUCUCCAGUGCCAAUGUCAUUGCCUAGUUCAUGCCUCACCAUGGCUCCACGUCUUGGAGCAAAUGAAAUUAUUGAUACAGAAUCAAUGCAACGCAAACCAUUGAUUGAAUCAAACCGAUUACGCGAUGAAACACGUUUAGAAUCGACAUUUUUAAAAAAAAAUUUGCAUGAUGCUAUAACUGCAUCUGCACAAGUUUGUCGUCAUAGUGAAGAUUAUCGAAGUGACGUCGAAAGCUUAUAUCAACAAUUAACCAAUUUAAUAAACGCUAAGCCAAUUCUUUUGGAUGGAAAUUUGGGAGACGAAAAUACUGAUCCUGCUGCUCAACCCUUAUUUUGGAUAUCGAAAUGGGUUGAUUAUAGCGAUAAAUAUGGUUUCGGAUAUCAGCUUUGUGAUGAAGGAAUUGGAGUUAUGUUUAACGAUACUACUAAACUUAUUUUAUUACCUAAUCAAAUAAAUGUACAUUUUAUUGAUAAAGACGGUAAGGAGUCCUAUAUGACAACGGUUGAUUAUUGCAAAACUCUUGAUAAGAAAAUGAAACUACUUUCAUAUUUUAAACGUUAUAUGACCGAACACUUGGUGAAGGCUGGAGCUAACAAUGUCAAUUUAGAAAGUGAUCAAAUAUCUCGCAUGCCACAUUUACAUUCAUGGUUUAGAACAACUUGCGCUGUAGUUAUGCAUCUAACAAAUGGAUCAGUUCAGUUAAAUUUUUCUGAUCAUAUGAAAAUAAUACUGUGUCCAAGAAUGAGUGCCGUAACCUAUAUGGAUCAGGAAAAAAACUUUCGGACUUAUCGAUUUUCAACAAUACUUCAACAUGGCUGUUCUAAAGAUUUAUAUCAAAAAAUUCGUUACGGCCACGAAAAAAUUAGUAAAAUGUUAGAAAAAAUGUUUUUUUAAUAUCUAUACUUUCAAAUGAUCGAAAAAUUACUAUAUCAUGAUUAAUUAUAAUUACUGCUCCGAAACCUUUUCAAAGUUGUUACAAUCGUAUCUUUUAUUAUAUU